AACAUGAUCAUACACUCAAUAAGCUACAACAAAACUGCUACGCUUUAGGCUUGCAUACGUAUUAAUAACGCCACAUUGCAGACAGAACUGUGCACUGCCACGCUGACUGCCACGGGCAGUAAACACUGAGCCUUGCUUUAAGCUUCAAAAAGCAGGCCAAGCUCGGAAAUCCAGCAAAGCGGCAUCCUGUGUUGAGUACGUGGGAUUGUCGAGCGGCGCUUUCGACAUGAGCAAGUCUGUCCAUGUCAUGCUGCUCGCGGGCGGCUAUUCGGCAGACAUUGCCCGUGGCGCCGCCAGUGUUGUGGCUGCCGCCCAGCCCCCGGCUGGAACGCCGCGGAGUGCGCGCAUCACGCCGCGGCCAGUUGGCGCCGCGCUGUCCGCUGCAGCAUCGGCGCCGGCAGCAGUGCCUGCACUGAUUCCUCUCGAUGGAACACCAGCACUUGUGCGCACGCUGCAGCUCCUAAAGGAUGUGCGCCGGGUGCGGUUAGAAGCCGUAUGGAUCGUGCACAACGAAUCGGACACAGACCGCAUCAAGGGACCUAGUGGCAUCUUCGCCGCCGCGCCGGAGACCGAGCUGGGUUUGCCCGCCAUCAACUUCAUCAGCAACGGCGCGACCGGCCCUGGCGACUGGCGCGGUGAGGUGGCGGACCUGCGCGUCGGCCUCAAGGCGCUGGCGGGUCGCGGGUCGGCCGCUUGUGUGGCAGUGAUCAGCAGCGAGCUGGCGUUCAUGCCCGCAUACAACCUGCAGCGGCUGCUGGAGCACGCAUACCUCCGGGGACGGGACACACUGGGCUUCAGCUUCCUCAACGGUGUUGAUGUAUCGCUGCUGGGGACUGAGGGCCACACGGUCUUCGUGCCCGGCGAAGACACCGCGCUGCCGCGUGUGCAGCAGCUGGUGCCGCAUAGCGCCGCCGGGUCGGGCAUGUGCGUGGCCGAGCCCUUCCUGCUCCUGCGCCCCGAGUCCGCGGGCGCAGUGGCAGGCGGCGCGGGCGGCGCAGUGGGCACGCUACCGGAGCUGGCGGCGGCGGUGAUGGCGGGCGGCGGCUACGUGGCGGGCAUCGACCUCAUGUUCGGGCGCUACAACCUGCGCACGGCUCAGGCGGUGGACUAUGCGGACCGCUUCUUCGCCUUCUGCUCCGCCGCGGCCCUGGACCCCAAGUCCAUGGGCCUGCCUGUGGACACAGUGUUGCAGCCGCAGACCGUCACAGCUGCCGCCGCCAGCAGCCAGGGCGCGGCCGCGUUUGAGCCGCCAGCGGCGGGCGCGGUGGUGCCGCGCUCGGUGGCGGCGACGUUCCGCUUUGACGAGCUGGAGGGCGGUGGCGCGGGGACGACCGGCCGCAUGGCGGGCGGCACCGGCGGCGGCGGCAGCUCCGACCCCUACAGCGGCGGCAGCAGCCUGCGCGGCACGGACUACGAGGCGUUCGUGCGCACCGCUGGCGCCUUCAACAGCCGCUUCUUUGGGGACGCGUCCAGCAGCAAGGCCGCGGCGGCGGGCCUGAAGCAGUACCUGCUGCCGCCCACCUUUUACAUGACGGCGUACCGGCGGCAAGCAGCGGACAUCAUGUUGUAAGGCACUGGCAAUCAAGCGAGUGGCGAUAUGCGCAUUCGAGUGCGGAAAGUGCGGUGAGAAGCACGUGCGCCGGCAAGGAUCGGCGCGGCUCGUGUCAUCCAGGAAGUGCAAAGUGGCACCGGCCUGCUGCGUGCAUAUCUGCUAUCCACAGUGCGCCGCAUCAGGGUUCGCCUGUAUGGAACACAUAGAAGAUGAGACCUAAGAAGGUCAUGCGUGCGACGCUCGCUCCGAUGACUUGCGCAGCGACCGUGCACGUAGGGUGGAGUAGGGUUUCUGGUCCAAGCGCGGCUCAUGACACUGGGCAGAGUCUAGUGUUACUUAUGCGCGUGUGAGUUCUGUAGCGGUUGCUUAUGGUAACACAUCGCGGAGCCUGUGAAACCAGCCCGAUGACAAACUCGCGAGCAUGUAACAGGGUUUGGCAGGCCUCUUCCCGCUUUCAUGACAAGCUGCUUGUAUGAUAUAGUGUGCGUCUCUGCAACAUUGUUUUGUGACCCAGCGGGAUAAGCAAGCACGAACGGAGGUCGUUCUUACUGUGAUACUGCGAGGACGGAACAGAGGACGGAACGCGCAGCGCGAGUAUGAUAACUAGAGGCCAGGUCGUCUUUUCCCGUUGGCUGUAAAAGUUGUUGUCG